CAUUGGCCGCGUCCCGCUCAGCCCUCCUUUGAUUGACGGGCCUUGUGUGGGCCUAUUGAGGCCUGUGAAGCCACGGACUGGGAGUUGUAGUUCGCCCUCAACCGGGGACACUGGGACCCCCACCCAGGAUGGGCCCGGACCGCCCUCGGCACACGGAGCCCCCAAGGACGUGAGAGUUCUCUGGAGCCACCCCUGCCGUGAUGGGAAACGAACCAGCUUCUAGUCGAUAUUAAGGCAUUUGGAAACCAAAGUGCAGGAAGGAAACCAGUCCUCUAGGAAAAAGGAUUCCUCUCAAGGGGCUGAUCCUGCAGAAUUCCUACAUUCACUUUGGAUUAUAGAGUAGAACCAUAGAGUCGGAAGAGACUGCAUGAGGCACCCAGUCCAGGCCUCUGCCGUGCAGGAAAAGCGCAAAGUACCCCUGACAGAUGAGCAUCUGGCCUCUGGUUAAAGGAUUCCAAAGGAGCCUCCACUGCAUUUUGAGGCAGAGAGUUCCACCGCUGAACAGCUCUUACAGUCAGGAAGUUCUUCUUAAUGUUCAGAUGGAAUCUACUUUCCUGUAAUUUGAACCCACUGCUGUGAGUAAUCAGAAAGGGAAAAACAAGAAUCAAGUGUCCUUAUUGGAAUUACAUGUACAUAACACUACUGACAUGGAGAAGAAAGCAUAUAAAUGUAUUGAAUGUGGAAAGAGCUUUAGUUAUAGUUCAACUCUACAAACACAUCAAAGGACUCACACUGGGGAGAAACCCUUUACAUGCCUGGAGUGUGGCCAGAGCUUCACUCAUAGUUCAUAUCUACGUAAACAUCACAGGAUUCACAUUGGGGAGAAACCCUAUAAAUGCCUUGAGUGUGGACAGAGUUUUACUCGGAAGGGAAGCUUACAAACACAUCAAAGAACUCACACUGGUGAGAAACCCUAUAAAUGCCUGGAGUGUGGACAGAGCUUCACUCAUACUUCAGGCCUACGUUCACAUCAAAGGACUCACACUGGGGAGAAACCCUAUAAAUGCCUGGAGUGUGAACAGAGCUUCACUCAGAGUUCAGGCCUACGUUCACAUCAAAGGACUCACACUGGGGAGAAACCCUAUAAAUGCCUAGAGUGUGGACAGAGCUUCUCUCAGAGUUCAGGCCUACGUUCACAUCAAAGGACUCACACUGGGGAGAAACCCUAUAAAUGCCUGGAGUGUGAACAGAGCUUCACUGAUCGUUCAGUCUUACGUAGACAUCAAAGGAUUCACACUGGGGAGAAACCCUAUACAUGCCUGGAGUGUGGACAGAGCUUCACUCUUAGUUCAGGCCUACGUUCACAUCAAAGGAUUCACACUGGGGAGAAACCCUAUAACUGCCUGGAGUGUGGACAGAGCUUUACUCAGAAGGGAAACUUACAUUCACAUCAAAGGACUCACACUGGGGAGAAACAAUAUAAAUGCUUGGAGUGUGGACAGAGCUUCACUCAUAGUUCAGGCCUACGUAGACAUCAAAGGACUCACACUGGGGAGAAACCCUAUAACUGCCUGGAGUGUGGACAGAGCUUUACUCAGAAGGGAAACUUACAUUCACAUCAAAGGACUCACACUGGGGAGAAACCCUAUAACUGCCUGGAGUGUGGACAGAGCUUUACUCAGAAGGGAAACUUACAUUCACAUCAAAGGACUCACAAAGGGGAGAAACCCUAUAACUGCCUGGAGUGUGGACAGAGCUUUACUCAGAAGGGAAACUUACAUUCACAUCAAAGGACUCACACUGGGGAGAAACCCUAUACAUGCCUUGAGUGUGGACAGAGCUUCACUCAUAAUUCAAAUCUACACUCACAUCGAAGGACUCACACUGGGGAGAAACCAUAGAAAUGCAUGGAGUGUGGACAGAGCUUUUCACGGAAUAAGGUAAUACAGUACAGUCUCACUAAUCCAAGAUAAACGGGCCGGCAGAAGCUUGGAUAAGCGAAUAUCUUGGAUAAUAAGGAGGGAUUAAGGAAAAGCCCAUUAAACAUCAAAUUAGGUUAUGAAUUUACAAAUUAAGCACCAAAACAUUAUGUUAUACAACAAGUUUGACAGAAAAAGUAGUUCAGUACAUAGUAAUGUAAUUACUGUAUUUACGAAUUUAGCACCAAAAUAUCACGAUAUAUUGAAAACAUUGACAACAAAAGUGGCUUGGAUGAUCCAGAGGCUUGGAUAAGCGAGGCUUGGAUAAGUGAGAGUCUACUGUACAUCAUAGAAUCAUAAGAAUUUGCUCAGAGUGGAACUUUACGUUCCCAUCAAAGAAUUCACACUGGGGAGAAACCGUAGAAAUGCAUGGAGUGUGGACAGAGCUUUUCUUGGAAUAAGGUUAUACAUAGACAUCAUAGAAUUCAACCUGGAGAGAAUGGUGUUAAUUGACCCCAGAGUGUCAUUCUAACAUGUACAAAAGCAACUCUUGCACAUUUUGGAAAUUCAAGCUCAUUUCAUCACAUGUGGUGUAUUGUAGGAAGAUUGAACUAAAAUAUGUUCCAUUCUGGAAGUAAACAAGGUUACAUGAAACUAGAGUUUUAUAUGCUGAGAAUGUUGGAUGAUCAAUUAGAAUGAAAACAUGGAUAGUUACUGCGAGAUACUCAAGUAAGAAUUGACAAGUAAGAAGGAAUGUUUUAUUCCAAAGCAAAAACAAUGGCUUAUGAAGACCUGCAAAUUAGCCACAACGAACAAACUGACAAUAACAUGGGCAAAUGUCAGUUGUAAUAGCUAUUAAUUGGAAGUGUGUUAUCACAAAUAGAAGUGUUGUUAUAUUAUAUUAUCGAAAGGGAGUAGAAUAAUGAGAGAUAGAAAUUAACAGAUAGAAUGAGGCUUUUAGGCACGUAUCCCUGUCUGUUUGUUAGUUCAGUUGUGUGUCUAUGUAGGUCACUGUUUUGCUAGUGUGUUAGUUUUGUAUCUCAUGUAGUAGUUAGUUUCAUGUUCAGUUGAAGCAUUAUAAAUUAUUUCUGCCUUCCUUGUAUUGUUACUUUUAAUUUUUAAUUUUCAAAAAAUAGGGUGAUUUAUAAGGGUCAAAACGGCUGAAACUGGAGGGGUGGGUCGAAAUGGCUGACUUAUCGAUUUUCUGUAUUUGAAAACAAAUUGUAAUGCUUAGAACCGCUAUUAUGAAUUGUGAUGCAUGUUAACUAUAUAACUAUAUACAAUUGAUUAUAGACAUAUAAUUGACACUGAAUCAGACAUGUAUACAAUAAAUUAGUCUUGAUGUAUCAAGGGUGUGUGUGUGUGUGUGUAAGGAACGGGAGUGUUUGUGUGGGUGCUUGUGAAGAACAGAAGAAACAGGCCUCAAAAGAAAAUGGAGUCCACGCAAAGUCUGACAUGGGAUGGACUUGGCGGGUGAAGCAAGGGAUCAGCAAGGCGUCUCUCACCUGGCAAGACGGAACGAGGGUCCAGGAAGGCCUAUCCGAAUAACCACGGGCAAUGAAGUGUGCAGCUGGCACCCCAUACGUCAUGCAGCCUGAGACUGAGCAUGUUUUGAAACCAGGCCGUAAGAACAGAAGGAACUGAAAGAAGGACGAAACUUUAGGCCAGGGGUCCUCAAACUUUUGAAGUGGAGGGCCGGUUGACGGUCCUUCAGACUAUUGGGGGGGCUGGACUAUGAUGAAAUAGUCCAAAAUUAGGAUUGUUGUUGUUGUGUGCCUUCAAGUCAUUUCAGACUUAGGACAACCCCAAGUCUAAAGCUUAGGACAGGGGCCAGGUCAAUGACCUUGGGGGCCGCAUCUGGCCCACGGGCCUUCGUUUGGGGACCCCUGCUUUAGACUAUCAAAUGCAGGGGCCUCAAAGAUCCAGCACGCUUUCCGGAACCACCAAGACCACGUCUGUCGGGAGAACGUGAUCACCUCUUCCGAGCAGGGCCUGUGCAUGAGAAUAUGGAUGUAUGGACCUGCGUGUGGGUGAGAGCUCUCUCGGGAUGUGAUUUUGAUAUGAUUGUGAUGUGAUUAUCAAUAAAUGUUACAAUGCAAGUGUUAAAACCAAA